ACGCACACAGGAGCAAGGAAAGAGAAGAGGAGAGAAGGAGGGGGUUAAGUUCAACACAUUUCAGGAAUUGCAUUUUGAGUUGCUGAAAGUUUAUCAAAAACAAUGGAUAACAAAUCGGUGGACAUGGAUUUAUUGAUGGAAAUAUAGCAUUCCAAAGAUACGAAACCGUUAUUGGAAUUGUCGAAGAAAUAAAGUCGGGAGUUUAAAAAUACAAUUGAAUCUGGUUAGGGAAGCUGAGUUAGCAUAUUUAGGUUAAACGUUUCAGGAGGAAAAAAAUUGAAGAAUAGCAGGGGAGCGAUGUUACUGAGUUGGUCGCCCCAACAUUUUGUAAAAAAUCUAGGCUACGUUCAUUACACUUAGGCUAUCAUGGAAGGAAUGUUUUUAUUGCCAGUUGCCGAUGUUACUGUGGUAGAACUUUGUUCUAUCAGAAGUUUUAUGAAGGGAUGUCAGUUAGCGCUCGAUGCGUUUUUGUGACUGUACGCCACUCAGAGGACUACAGGCUAGUCUGGCUACUUUGUUAGGCUACUUCUCCCUUUGAAUUUGGAGAUGUGGUUGGAUGCGCUGAACUGAUCUCGGGAUCAACAAUGUGGCCAACUUCAAAGAGAACGUACAGUAACAACUGCCGUCCAGUACUGGAGUAAUUUCCAGACGCUUGGAUUGGAUUUUAUUCUCUUCUCUUAUAGGAUAUUCUGACUUUAAUAGUAAGUAGUAGCCUAGGAUGCAUACAGAAGCCAUUCUUUCAGUGUAAAAAGUUGGUAGGCUACAUCUAUUGGUACAUUAACGGAAAAACGUUAAUACCACUUUGAUGGCUUUUAGCGUCGUUCAAGGAGAAGUUUAUCGAAGUUUUAGUCAUACAAUACACCGUGAGAGUGUGCUCUCUGAAGAGGACAGUUUGGUGGGAAUUCUGUCCCUCACAGGCGGUAGUCCGGGAAGGGACAACCUCACAAAUCAAGUGAUUUCCUCGGGGACGCAAAGCUCGCCGGAGCGCCUAAAGACCAAACAGUAUGCAGCUGAACCGACCUAAAAGCGCUCUAAUCAGCUACUCUCCACCAAUGCCCCCCGAGACACAGAAUUCCUUCUCGAGCCAGUUCAAAACAAUGCGAUUCUCCUACCAUAUCAGCAGCGGCUUGCCAAGCCCUCAACCGCCCCUGCGCAGGAUAGGCCCCUCCUCCUCCAGUCCCAGGCUGCUGACUAAGAGUCUGUCCUUGGAGCCAGACCCGUGCUUGGCCCCCCAGGACCAGGACGCCUCCCACGAUGGCCCCCAGCGCCUCAGCUCUGAUCCGGGACCCCUGGAUCCUGGACACUGCAAUGGCUCCAGCAGCAGUGGAGCACCAGAGCUCCCUGCCAUGGCACCCAAGACCCGGCCCCCCUUACCUGGGCCCAAACCACAAGUGCCCCCGAAGCCCCCUCACCUCCAGCAGCAGGGAGCCCAGCCCCGCCCUCGACCCCGUGCCCCGGACAAGCCCCUCCCCCCUCCUCCGCCCUCCAGGCCCCUUCCCGCCGACCCCCGCGCUCCACGGGGCCCGCUGCCACGCGCCGAGGGAAGCUCCUCCCCCACCUGCGUGCUGUCACUCAUCGAGAAGUUUGAGAGGGAGCAGAUCAUUGUGGUGCCAGACAUCACUGGGGGGAUGUGCACUCCCAGAGUCCCAGACUCCCAAGGGGCAGGAGGGGGCGGAGGAGGGGCAAGUGCUCCACUCACACCCCCUCCAUGCUCCUCCCCUGAGCCCCCCUCAGCCGAGCCCCCCUCCCAGAACCCCCUAGGUCUCCCUCAGGAGGAGGAACAGGGUGUGCAGGGAGGGGUGGUGGGGGAGACAGGGGAGGAUAACCUUGAUGAUAUUGACGAUGAUGAAGAUGAUGAAGAGUUGGCGGCGUCAUGCUCGGAGAAGCGCCUGUCGAUGGAGUCGGGCUACAGCGCCUCCGAGAAGCACUUGGACACCCUGGAGAUGAGGGAGCCCGCCGAGUCCUGCAGCCAAUCAGAGAUCCCCUCCGAACACUUGUCCCUCCCCGCUCCGCAGUCUGACGGCAAGCUGGCCAAUCGAGACAGCGGGAUCGACAGCAUCAGCUCCCCCUCCCACAGCGAGGAGCUGUGUUUCGCCGGAGACGAGGACCGGGUCAUCUACCCCUGUAGCCCCGCCCUGACCCUGCCCCGGCUCUCCUCGUCCUCCUCCUGUGGCUACGCCGAGGGCCUGGGAGGGGACGGGGCGCUGGCCGCGGGGGGCAGGGACUCGGAGGGGGAUAGCGACCUGGAGGAGGGGAGCGGGGAUGAGACGGAGCUCAACACCCUGGCCCUCGUGCCCCCCCAAGCCAACAGACAAGACUCUGUCGAGCUGUCGGUCCAGCAGAGAGUGUUCAACAUAGCCAACGAGCUGCUGCAGACGGAGCGGGCCUACGUGUCCAAGCUGCACCUCCUGGACCAGGUGUUCUGUGGGCGUCUCCUGGAGGAGGCCCGUGCCCGCGCCUCCUUCCCCUGCGACGUGGUCACCGGCAUCUUCUCCAACAUCUGCUCCAUCUACUGCUUCCACCAGCAGUUCCUGCUGCCGGCCUUGCAGAAACGCAUGGAGGAGUGGGACUUGAACCCGCGGAUCGGAGACAUCCUGCAGAAGCUGGCUCCCUUCCUGAAGAUGUACGGGGAGUACGUGAAGAACUUUGACCGCGCCAUGGAGCUGGUGAACACCUGGAUGGAGAGAUCCUCCCAAUUCAAGGUCAUCGUCCAUGAGAUCCAGAGAGAGGAGCGCUGUGGGAAUCUGACCCUGCAGCACCACAUGCUGGAGCCGGUGCAGAGGAUUCCACGCUACGAGCUCCUUCUGAAGGACUACCUGCACAGACUCCCUGAGGACGCCGACGACUUCAAAGACGCUCAGAAAUCCCUGGAGUUGAUCGCCACGGCAGCAGAGCAUUCCAACGCCGCCAUCAGGAAGAUGGAGCGUAUGAGGAAGCUGCUGAAGGUGUAUGAGCUGCUGGGUGGGGAGGAGGACAUUGUCAACCCCACCAAUGAGCUCAUCAAGGAGGGACACAUCCUCAAGCUGUCGGCCAAGAACGGCACUUCACAGGACAGAUAUCUCAUCCUGUUCAAUGAUAGGCUGCUCUACUGUGUUCCUAAACUGAGGCUGAUUGGUCAGAAGUUUGGUGUCAGAGCCCGUAUUGAUGUGGAUGGAAUGGAGUUGAAGGAGACUAGCAGUCUCAAUGUCCCACGGACGUUUUUGGUAUCUGGGAAACAGCGCUCGCUAGAACUGCAGGCCAGAACUGAGGAAGAGAAGAAAGACUGGAUCCAGGCCAUCCAGACCACCAUUCAGAGACAUGAGCAGACCCUGGAGACCUUCAGACAUCUCAACUGCUCCCUCCGCGAUGAAGACUGCACCCCGCCCAACUCACCUAACUGCAUGGAGCUUGGGCAGCGGGCUCCGACUCCCAUCAGAGAGAAGGAGGUGACUCUUUGUAUGAAGUGUCAGGAACCCUUCAACUCUAUCACGAAGAGACGCCACCACUGCAAAGCCUGUGGACACGUGGUGUGUGGGAAGUGCUCCGAGUUCCGCGCCCGCCUGUCGUACGACAACAACCGUGCCAACCGUGUGUGUGUGGACUGCUACACCACGCUGGUAGGCGUUCCACCCUCCCCCGCCUGUCUGAGCAGCAGCACCCACAGACGACGCUCAAUCCUGGAGAAGCAGGCCUCGCUGGCCGCAGAGAACAGUGUGCUGUGCAGCUUCCUGCACCACAUGGAGAAGGGCUCCGGGCGGAGCUGGCAGAAGGCGUGGUUCGUCAUCCCAGAGAACGAACCGCUGGUCCUCUAUGUCUACGGAGCUCCACAGGAUGUCAAAGCUCAGCGCAGCGUUCCUCUUAUCGGGUUUGAGGUCUCCCUCCCCGAGUCAUGUGACCGCCUGGAGCGCCGCAACGCCUUCAAGAUCAGCCAGAGUCACCUGACCCUGUACUUCAGCGCCGACGGGGAGGAGCUUCAGCGCCGCUGGAUGGAGGUCCUAUCACGGGCUGGCAGAGGGGAGGAGCUACAGAUUCACGGUUCAAUCACAGAAGCACUUGAGGAAGAAGGGGAGGAGCUGUUGGCUUCAGGGGAAAAUACGUGAUUAGUGGGAGAGGAAGAGCAGUGUUAUAUAAUGUGUAAACUCUACACAUACAAACUAUAUACAAAUGAGCAGCACAUAGUACACACAGCACAGUUUCAUAGGUUCUCCCAAAACAAUUACAAACACACAGACCCACAGUAACACUAAGAUAGAUACACACACACAAGCUCUUACACAGACAUUCUAACACAACUCUCUCUGUAUUUAAUGUCAGUGGUCAAUUGCAUGAAAUAUUACAGAUACGUUUCUCAGUGUAUUACUCAUCUUGUGAGUGACCAGUGUUUGCCAAACCUGCCAAAAGUGUGCACUCCCUUACAAAAGAAGAAAUAUUAAUAACAACCGUAUGAAGAUAUGCGUCACACUGAACCGCAUCAGUUACCUACCGUUGGACAUUUCAAAGUGAAUUGUGGGUCCAGACACUCUCAGUAACUUCCAUUUCUCUUUCUCUCUCUCUCUCUCUCUGUGAUGUUUUUAAACAAGUGGUUGGUUUCUUUUAGUGGUGAGUGUUUGUUUACCUGUUCCCAUUGAGGAGGGUGAAAUGAUCUCUUCAUAUGGAGAAUGAUGGUACAAGCUGUGCGCAUUCUCCUGCUCAGUAAGCUGGAGGUGGGACAUGGACACGGCUGUGGUAAGAUGUUGGACUAAAAGCUACCUAAUAGCAGACUGACUGAACUCUGAGAGAUUCCAGCAGAGCUUGUGAAGACAAGAUGGCCUCUCACGUUGUCGUUCUCUUACCCCUGUGGUAGGAAGUGUGAGAGGCUCAAGGCUCCUCCAGGCCUGGAGGGAUGGAAUCUGUAACCUUGAAUGGAACCAAAACAUUCUCUGUUUGUUUGGAGCACAGUUAGUGGUUUCAACCUAGCAAACUGUUUUGCAUGAAAGAAGGACAUUGAGCAAAGGGUUGAUACCACAUGGAUGCUCUAAGACUGUCAAGAAGGCUGAAUGAAAUACAUUUUUAAAUGAGGUUUGAACUGUCAAAAGAGAUCCUUCUAAACCUACCCCACCUUUUUAUUUGCAUAUAUGCACUAGAAUUACUGUUCAGAAUUUCCCCUCAAAAUUAUCAGCAAAUAACACACAUUAAGUCUUGAAUAGAUGGAUUAAGGAGCCUCUCUGAAGUCUGAGGAAUUAUUUAGUGCCUGUCAUGAUCUACAGUACCAAACAUAAUCCCUCUGAAACUGACAAUUUUUUCCGGCGACCACUCCGCUCCCCAGUGGGACCAAGGGGUACUACAGCCACAUCCUCUGGGGGAGCAGAGCAAUGAUUACAUCUCAUUACAUUUUUAGACCAGGGAGAAUUCAGAGUGCUGGGAUGAAGAGAGUGAGUGGGGGUCCUAAAAAUAUGUUUUUCUUACUAAUACAUUGGUAAAACAGGGGAUGUUUUUAAGCUCUUUUCCACCUAAUGGUGCUGGAUAAGUAUGUGAAGUAGGGAUGUAUGUGUUGAAGUGUGAGCUUUAAAGUCAGAGAGCUUGUGGUUGGAGUAUUGAAUUGAAAUACUUACUGAAAGAUAAUUGACAUGAAAAGGAUGUGAGAAAUAACAACAUGUUUUUAUCAUUUUAACGUGGGUGAUAUCUCUGCCUUUUUGAGAGUGUUUUGAUAGUUAAUACAGAGGAUAUUAUGUAUAUGAAACACAGCGAAACAGUAAAUAUUUGAUGUUUUGAAUCUGGGGCUUGUGUUUGUGUCGGCUCAAUGCAAGAGAGUCACAAAGAAAGGUAAACAUUUGUAUGUAAAUAUAAUUUAUUCUCCGACGAGGCUCAGUCUUGUGGGUAUAUUGGCUAGGUGUUUUCUAUCGUGCAGUUUGAAUCAGACUUCAGUUGAAAUGUGGGUGGCCUCCUGUUGGGUACUAAAACCCUCCAGGUUUGUGUGUCACUCCUUUGCUGUGCUCUUGUGUCUGAAAACAAUGGUGUUUGGUCAAUGGAAGACAAUGGACACCUUAUCUAAUUUCUAUCUCACCCCUAAAUGAUUGCUAUUACAUAUGUGGUGAAUUCAAAAAGAAUACAAAUUGUUGUGUUGGUUAAUGAAUAUGGCUUUGUUAUCAUUUUCUGUUGUCAGAGACAUAGCUUGAGACCAGUUCUAAUCUGUGGGAGAGGUCUAAAAGGUGUCAUUAGUGGGUCAUGGUCCAGUGAGCAUUUGUCCUCCAUUCAGCCAGCUCCCCUCAUCAAUGUGCCAACAACCUUUAUGAAAGCCCCCUGUAUGGUAAUGAAUCUGCAAAUAAGUACAUGAGUUUACAUUUCUAUAUACUUAGCUUCAGUCCUAUAGGAUGACUGUUGGAUCAUGGUCACUUCUGGCACAAAUGAAACAACUGUUCCAUCACACACAGACAAAAAACGAUAAACAACAACAACAUCAUCAUCAUUCCAGAUGCUGGGAGAUCAGGCUGAGGUAUCUUGUUGUAAAGCCAUCCCAUCAUGCCAUGGUAUACUCUAAAACAUGCCUUACACUAGACCUAGUCUGUUUGUAUGAUAUCUAUGUUACCUCUGCUUUUGCCAAAGUAUACUAGGGUACACUACCGUGUGAUUGAGAUGCUCAGUCAUCCUGUAUGUUUUAAUCUGUGUCUGCUCUUGGCUUUUUCUGUGGUUGUUUGUAUUUCUUUAGCUUUUUCUACUCCAUAGUAUUGUUUGCUUUAGUUAUGUUAAGCUCUUUUUACAAAAUCAAAACAAGCUAAUUUGGUUUAGUGUGUAAUAUUCAUACAUACAUACAUUUGACUGGUGAAUCCAUUGUAUCAUACUUUUGGAGUAUCCAGUGGUACCACAAUCUCAGUUCAUUUCUCCUUGAUGCACGAGUUUGGAUCUUAUUUUUAGAACGUAUCCCUAGUGUCACAUUGACUGUUAAUUUUCAAAUCCAGCUUUUCCAGUACCCAUGUUCCCCAGGGCUAUACGAUUAUAAAAGCUACUUUUAUAAUCACACCUUUAUAAGAACUGCAGGUAUUGUAGUGAGGAAAGAAGUGUAGCCGGGUCACUCCGUUUCAAAGGCUGAGUGUGAACGUGCCUGUGACUUCAAGGUGUUUCUGUGUCUAGUAUCUGUCUGUGUGAAGAUAGGAAUCAGGUGUUUUGAAGUUUAUCAUCUCUCCUACCCACAACACACACAAACACAGAAACACGCAAACACCAACCCUCCUAAUUUCUCACAUACGACCUGACUACAGGAAGAUGCAAACCGAUUUAAACAUCCUGUGGCUGAUCUUCACACUUACUGUACCAGAGAGUUCUAGCAUGCAGGGAUCUUACACUACACACCAACUCUGAGGUCCAGACCACCAGGAAGACACACUUUUACAGGUGUUGUCACUGACAAAUCAUGUUAACUUGUUCAAGAUACUGUAAAAAGAGCCUUUUGACACAUGUUUACAGAUUUGUGUCUUGAACCACUUCCUCUCCAUGCAAAACUAUACAGAAAGCCAGAACUAUUCAGUGUCUAUGGAUUACAUAUAGCCACAGUACAAUGUGAUAGAUGACCAUUACCGAUAUAAAAAGUUAACUUGUAUUGUGUGUAUAUAUAUAUAUAUAUAUGAUGACAAUAUGAACACCAAUGAGAGUAACUGAGACCAAGUCAAACAGAGCAACCUGUCUGGACAUAAAGCUUUGAAGUAUUAUUAUUGUUAAGUCUCGCUAAGCCAAACUGUCAUUGCCGUGACACAAUUCUUUCUUUUUUCGUGAAUACAAAAACUGUAUAGGUUUAAACUGUAAACAUGAAUGAGUAUAGCUGUUCUUCUCUGAUUGUUAUGAUUAUUGUUAUUACUAUUGAUUAUAUUAGUGGCAGGCCACUGGGUACCAUUGUAUGUCUAUAUCCCCAUGACAUUUGUGCAAGAUAAUGAAAAUGUUAAUGAGGUUAAAAAGUGAAAUAAAAGGUUGACUACGUA